UGAAAUUUACAUUUUUUUUUUCUGUCGUUUGACCGCUUCUUCAAAAUCUCCAUCUUCCCAAAACCCUAAUUCCUGAGAGACAGAGAGAAGGGGACGACAACAAUGGAAGGAAGACCAGAAAAUAUCCCAAAUCCACAAUCCCUAACAGAAUCGCAGGUACUAGAAAACCUAACAAACAUCCUAACUUCAGAGAAAGUCCCACUCCAAAAUCUCAGUCCUUACAUUCCCCACCUUUCCUCAAGCCCUAAUCUCAUCGUCUCUCUUCUCUCUUCCAAAGCCCUAUCUCACAGACCCACCACUCUUCUCUCCUUCUUCAAAUGGGCUCAAACCCACCUUCCUCCCUCCAUUUCCCAAUCACCACUUCCUCUCCUUUCUCUCCUCCCUCCUCUACUUUCCCACCACAAAUUCUCCGACGCCAAGUCCCUUCUCACCUCCUUCAUCGCCGCUGACAAGACCAACGUGCUCCACCGUCACAUCCUUCAUCCUCCUGCUGGGGUUGAGCAUACUCGCACCUUGAGGGCCCUUCUCGAUACUUCCAUUGGUGCCUACGUAGGCUCUGGUAGGCCCCACCAUGCUGCCCAGAUUUUUAGCAAGAUGAAGAGGUUGCGUCUCAAGCCUAAUCUGCUUACUUCUAAUACUCUUCUCAAUGCUUUGGUCAGGUACCCUUCUUCCCAUUCUGUUUAUUUGUCUAAAGCCAUUUUUAGCGACGUGAUUAAGCUCGGUGCUCAGGUUAAUACCAAUACUUUUAACAUUUUGAUUUAUGGGUGUUGCUUGGAGAACAAAUUAGGGGAGGCAAUUGGGCUUAUUGGUAAAAUGGCAGAGUUUGGUUGUUCGCCAGAUAAUGUCACUUACAAUACGAUUUUGGAUGUUUUGUGUAAGAAAGGCAAGUUGAAUGAGGCUAGGGAUUUGUUGUUGGAUAUGAAAAAUAACGGGUUGUUUCCGAAUAGAAAUACUUAUAAUAUUUUAAUUUCUGGGUAUUGCAAGUUGGGGUGGUUGAAGGAGGCGGCACAAGUAAUUGAAUUAAUGACGCAGAAUAAUGUGUUUCCAGAUGUUUGGACUUACAAUAUGUUGAUUGGUGGGUUAUGUAAAGUAGGUAGGAUUGAUGAGGCAUUAAGACUAAGAGAUGAGAUGGAGAAUUUAAAGUUGUUUCCUGAUGUUGUUACAUAUAAUACAUUGAUUAAUGGAUGCUUUGAGUGCAAUAAUAGCCCAAAGGCAUUUGGAUUAAUUGAAGAGAUGGAGCAGAAGGGAGUGAAGCUGGAAGCAGCUACAUACAACAUAUUGGUUAAGUGGUAUGCGAAUGAAGGGAGUAUGGAUGAUGCAGGGAAAAUCAUUAGGGCAAUGGAAGAAUCUGGAUUUUCACCAAAUAGUGUUACAUAUAAUACUUUGAUAAGUGUGCAUUGUAAAGUGGGGAAGCUGGGUGAAGCAAUCAGGAUGAUGAAUGAAAUGGGAAGGAAAGGUUUGAAGAUGAAUAGUGUGACUCUUAAUACAAUUCUUCAUGCUCUUUGUGGGGAGAAGAAACUUGAUGAGGCAUAUAAGUUGCUCAACACUGCUAGUAAGCGAGGCUAUUUUGUUGAUGAGGUCAGCUAUGGCACUUUGAUCAUGGGAUAUUUUAAAGAUGAAAAGCCAGAUAAAGCAUUAAAACUUUGGGAUGAGAUGAAGGAGAAAGAGAUUAUUCCAGGUAUUAUUACCUAUAACUCUAUGAUUGGAGGGUUAUGCCAAUCAGAAAAAACUGAUCAAGCAAUAGACAAGUUGAAUGAGCUUCUGGAGAGUGGCCUGGUCCCGGAUGAGACAACAUAUAAUACAAUUAUUCACGGAUACUGCCGGGAGGGACAAGUUGAGAAAGCAUUUCAGUUUCACAACAAGAUGAUUGAUAAUUCUUUUAAGCCUGAUGUAUUUACAUGUAACAUUCUUCUUCAUGGGCUUUGUAGAGAAGGCAUGCUCGAAAAGGCUCUUAAGCUCUUCAACACAUGGAUUUCAAAAGGAAAAGCUCUUGAUGCAGUUACAUACAACACAAUAAUAACAAGCCUUUGCAAAAAUGGCAGAUUUGAGGAAGCAUUUGAUCUUCUUGCUGAAAUGGAGGAGAAGAAGCUAGGGCCAGAUUGCUACACAUAUAAUGCAAUUAUUGGUGGACUUGCUAAUGCAGGUAGGAUUAAAGAGGCUGAGGAGUUCGCGUCAAAAAUUGUGGAAAUGGGAAAAUUGCAAGAUCAAACAUUACCAUUGAAAAAAGGGCAACAAAUGAGGGCCAGUGAGACUCCUGAAGAAUCUGAUCCUAAUUCCAUUACCUUUUCAGAAAAGAUUAAUGAGUUGUGUACUCAAGGGAAAUACAAGGAUGCAAUGCAAACUUUUCAAGAAUCGACACAGAAGGGCAUUACUUUACAUAAAUCUACCUAUAUUAAGUUGAUGGAGGGACUUAUUAAGAGGAGAAAAAGCAUAUCAAAGACUACCGUAUUGUAGUGAAAAUUUCUUUGGCUGUCCUUGCCAGUGCCUUGGUUGAGAUGGCUCAUCAGUCAUCAUUACCUUUUAACAUCUAUUUAUCAGGAUUUGAACCUAAAAAGAAGUUGAGGCAACUAUGCAUAGGUUAAAUGUGCUGAUUUCAAUGGAAUGGGAGUUGAUUUCAAACUUUCUUUACAUGAGAGCAAUCUUCUACAAUUCAAAAACAAGAUGGCGUUAGGAAAAUCUACAAGAUGUUUCCUCAAAUUCCUCUGCCACAACACUUGGGGGACUUGGUGGAUGAUGAUGAUGUGCAACAAGAAGUACAACUCACUGAAGCCAUUAGGGCAGCAAAAACAUGUGUAGGAACUGGCAUGGAAGAGGGGCAAUGGAUUUAAGAAGCUGGGGAGCAGGCAUUCCACACAAGAAGGUGAGAGUUUAUGUAAGGAUAAAUUACAUGAUGAUGACUUUUGAUGUUUGGUUAAAAUUAUAAGUUGGUCUGGCUAUGUGAAAAUGUAACAAUUUGGUCCUUGAAUUUUAAUUUCAUUAAAAAUAGAA